CUUUGCAGUCAAUAGUCAAGCAAGUCUUUCUCUCCUCUAUCUCCCAUUCUUUCUUACAACACAAAAAAUAUACACAACAAUGGCUUUUACCUCACACUUAGCCAUUGCUCUUCUGUUCUCUGUUCUCAAUCUAUGUCUUCAAGGCACUUAUGGUGACUAUGGAGGAGGAUGGGAAGGUGGUCAUGCCACAUUCUAUGGUGGGGGUGAUGCCUCUGGCACAAUGGGAGGUGCUUGUGGAUAUGGAAAUUUGUAUAGCCAAGGGUAUGGAACCAACACUGCAGCUCUCAGCACAGCUCUGUUCAACGAUGGCUUGAGCUGUGGGUCUUGUUAUGAGAUGAAAUGUGACAGUGACCCCAAAUGGUGCCUCCCCGGCAGCAUCAUCGUCACCGCCACAAACUUCUGCCCUCCUAACUUAGCUCAGUCUAAUGACAAUGGUGGCUGGUGCAACCCUCCUCUCCAGCACUUUGAUUUGGCUGAGCCUGCCUUCUUACAAAUUGCUCAAUACCGAGCUGGAAUUGUCCCCAUCUCCUUCAGAAGGGUUUCUUGUGUGAAAAAGGGAGGGAUAAGAUUCACCAUCAACGGUCACUCUUACUUCAACUUGGUUUUGAUCACAAACGUUGGGGGUGCAGGGGAUGUGCACUCUGUUUCAAUCAAGGGGUCCAAAACAGGGUGGCAAGCCAUGUCAAGGAACUGGGGCCAGAACUGGCAGAGUAACUCUUACCUCAAUGGUCAGGCUCUGUCUUUCCAAGUCACCACCAGUGACGGUAGAACUGUGACCAGCAAUGCUGUGCCAGCUGACUGGCAGUUUGGUCAAACAUUUUCGGGCGGUCAAUUCUAGACUCUUUUUAUAAACAGUAAAAGGUCUGGAAGAAAUGGCGCAGGGUGAUUUGUAUAUGUAAUAUUUGAUUGCUUGGGAAAGGGGAGAGAGGAGGAGGAGACAGACAGGGUAGAUUAGGAGAGAGGCAAAUGUUAUUGCUGAGGUGGCUUAUUUGGCACCCGCAAGGCCUGCUACAUAUAUAUAUAUAUAUAUAUAUUAUUUAUAGUAACGGUGGAGAUUGUGAGUUAUAUAGUUCGCAGAAAUCGUCCAUUUUGAAGAUGCAUUUUGUUUGUUUUGAAGCAAAAUGCACAUUAAUAUCUUUGAAGGUUAGGUAUGCAGAUUUAUUACUCAUACCAUACCUAACUAGGUACUGAGCCCAGCUGGGGCAACUUUGUACUUGGCAUCUUAAUUAUAUACUUCGUGGAUUUCUAUG